AACGAAUAGAGAAGUCAUAUAUUAUUAUAUCUAUCUCUUUCUAUAAUUGACAAACACAUAUUUUCCAUCUCACUUGAAUACAACUUCACACCUUAUCUCAUCUGAUCCAUUUACAUAAAACUGAAUUGAUGUGAAUACAUAACCUCAACAAACCAAAAAUAAGCAUGUAUCGUUCAAAUUUAAUUAAAUUAUUAAGAACAACCAUCGUAAAUAAACAAUUUGUAACGUCCCAAACACAAAAUUCUAUAAUUCCGUUAAAAUUAACCCCCAACAAAGUGAAUAAUCUGUGUUGUAAGUGCAUAACCUCAAAACCGGUGACCUCUGAUUUACAAAAAGAGGAACAAUAUCUUGUUAAAGUGAAAGAUGACCCCGAUACUUUUGGUGAUAGUGCAGAAAAGAAGAUUUUUGAUUUAGAUGAUGAAAAGGAGGAGAAAUUUUUAAAAAUCAAACCAGAUCCUUCUCAAAAACUACGUACGAAACAGUACGCCGAUAUGAUUAAGGAUUUAAUUAGGAAAAAGAAAAUUAAAGAGGCUAUAGAUUUGGUGGAAAUAAGAAUGAUUCAGGAAGAUAGAGUAAAACCUCAAAGUUAUAUAUUUAAUCUUGUAUUAGGAGCAUGUGGGAGGGUUGGUUAUACAAAAAAAGCUUUUUCGUUAUACAAUAAAAUGAAACAACGUGGUUUGAAUAUUCACCCUGGAACUUACACGGCUUUAUUUAAUGCUUGUGCAAAUAGUCCUUGGCUUGAAGAUGGUUUAACAAGAGCUAAACAUUUAAGAGAAAUUAUGAUCGAAAAAGGCUACGAACCAAACGAUACUAAUUAUAAUUCUAUGAUAAAAGCUUUUGGAAGAUGUGGUGAUUUAAACACCGCCUUUGAAUUAGUAGAUGAAAUGUCUUCAAAGAAAAUACCUGUUAAAGAAGAUACUAUAAAUUUUUUAUUACAAUCUUGCGUUUCUGAUAAAGAUGCUGGAUUUAGACAUGCUUUGUUAGUUUGGAGGAAAUUUUAUCAAAAACUACUUAACCCAGAUAUAUACAGCUUUAAUUUAUUACUAAAAUGUACUAAUGAUUGUAAUUUAGGUGAUUUAGAAGUUACUAAAGAUGUUAUUGAUAACAUUUUAAAGAAAAAUGUUUAUUUAAAUGAACCAAGUUCUCAAUUACUUUUAAAUGAACCUCAAACAAAUCUGCAAAACACAUCAAAUAAUUCUUUGGCACCAAUAGAUUCAAGCAUAACUGAUUAUCGACCAAAUUUAAUCGCAAGAAUUCCUCAUUUGGGGAAUAUCGUUUCUUUAAGUGAAGUUAAAAGUCCUGAGGAUAGAUUUUUACUUCUUGGCGGUAUUUCCGGAUUUUUACAAACGAUGGCUCAAAAUCGUUGUGUACCUAACAUUAAAACAUUUACGCAAUUAUUGAAUUUAAUACCUGGAACUUUAGCAGCUGAAAAAGAAUUAAUUGGAGCUAUGAAAAAGGCAAAUGUUAAGCCAGAUGCUGACUUUUAUAAUAUGUUAAUGAAGAAGAGGAGUAUUAGGUUUGAUUAUGAGAGUGCAAAGGAAGUUUUAGAAGCAAUGAGUCAUUCAAAUACUAAACCAAAUAUAAUGACUUAUGGAAUAUUAGCUUUAGGGUGUAAAACGAAAGAAGAAGCUGAAGAAUUUAUGGCUAGAAUGAAUGAAGGUGGUUUUAGAAUGAACACGGAAAUAUUAGGGGCGAUGCUUCAUCAAGCCUGUUACCAUUGCAACUUUAAAUACAUUUUUAAAAUAAUGGAAAUUUGUAUUAAAGAAGAAAUACGGCCAAAUUCAAAAUUUAUGGGGUGUUUAGAAGAGUUUAAAAAGAAAUGUAAACGUCUCAGCAAUGAUAAUACGAGCAAUUUGGGUCAAUCCAAAACUUUUAUCAACAACUUCCAAGUCUUUAAAACGAGACACAACGUUUGGAAAACCCAAGUUGAUCCUAUUCUAGAAGAUGAAGAACAUCCUUGGCAACAAUUUCGGCAAAACAGCGAAACGAAUGUUAAACACGUCAAAGAUAAAGAAAAAUCUUCGAGGUUUAAACCGAGACAUCUAUCGUUGUAUCGACAAAAAAAAGGUGCCUUUAUCACUAAAAAAAAUGAUAAAGGAAAAUUAAUUAAAGGUGAAAAUAAAAAAAUU